GUCGUAGAACUCUUCUGUGUUUGAAGAUUAUUUCAAUCCCUUCGUUGUUUUUCUUUUCGUUGGGAAUUCUGAAAAUGGCAACCGAAACACAAAAUAAAGAUGACAAGAAUGAAGAAGCAAGCGGAUCUGGUGAAGAAGCGUUUGAUUCAUUCUAUCAAGAGGUUAAGGCCAUUGAACAUAGGGAUUCGGUUUUAACUUCAAAACAACAGAUUGACAAACUAAGUAGGCCAGGCUCUACUUACUUCAACCUCAACCCUUUUGAUGUACUCGAUAUUGAUCCGGAUACCCCUUUAGCAGAUAUCAAGAAGAAAUAUAGACAGAUGUCAAUACUGGUUCAUCCAGACAAGAAUCAGGAUGACUUAGUGCGAGCACAAAAAGCCUUUGAUGCUGUGAACAAAGCUUACAAGACGUUAGUCAAUGAUGAGGGAAUGAAGCGGUGCCAAGAAAUCAUAGAGGAGGCCAAAACAAGGGUGGAGGAAAUGAUGAAAACGAAAAGGAAACAGUUGAAAAAAGAAGGGAAGAGCACAGAGAUUCCAGAGGACGAUGCUGAAAAAAGGAAACAUGCUGUGUAUGUCCAGACCUGUAAGCUGUUUGCUGAUUUAGAGAGGUUGCGACAAGAGAGAGAGAUGAAGGACAUGCACGAAAGAAAAAGGAAGGCAGAGCAAGAGGCUAAUGAGGAGGAAACCAAGAAAAAAGAGGCAGAGUGGAAGAAGAAUUUUGAGGAGAGCAGAUCUGAUCGUGUAGACAGCUGGAGAAAUUGGAAAAGCGGAGGAAAGAAAUCCAAAGGAACGUUUCGACCCCCGAAACCAAAGGCCGAAAAACGGUAGUACACGAACAGAACCCAUGGAGUGUUCAGUUUCUGUGUGUGUGUGUGUGUGUGCAAUGUUCGUGAGAGAGUUGUAAUUUGAUUUCAUACUCAUGUUUUACUGCAGAUGACUCGCGUUGAGACUUUGCAUUUCAUCUUAGAUUGUGUUCUUAACAAAGUUAUGUGCUCUUUGAGGAUGGCCCUUAUUUUUGACAUGGCCAUAAUUCGUCUCAUCUUCAUGACAGUUAUUCUCUCAUUCAUUGUCACGAGUUUCUGCUGCAUCUUUAUCCUGAAAAUCGAGAACAGGCUGCAGGUCUGACCAGUAAAUAGAGAUUGAAGCUGUACUGUUGUAAUAUAUGUUUUAAGGAAGCAAAUUAUUGUCAGCUUUUUUUUUACUUGUUUGAUUGAUAAUUAAAUCAGGGAAAUAAUUUCACAUGUAUAAAGAAAUUCUGUUGUAAAGGAAAUGGAAUACAAUGUCAUAUCCAAAAACUACAUAUAACUGCCUUUCAGGGCCUUCAUAAAACUUCAAAAUUUCAAAGCUGUAAAGGCAGAGUUAACCUUAUUAUUUUCAUAGAGAGCAUGGGCAAUACACUUUCACAUAUUUGCUCAUUCAGAAGUGACACAGUUUCUCAAUUUUACUCAAAAGUUAGUUGAAAUGCUUGUGUGUAUGAAAGAUAAUUUUAGGGUAUCAAUUUUGUUAAUGCCAAAGCAAAAUAUAUUUUUGAAAAGGAAAACAGUGAAAAAUAGCCAUUUUAUGUUGGAAUACAAAAUUCUCAGACAACACAUUUAUAAUGGCACAUAAUUCUAAUUUCAUGUCAUUUUGAUCAUCUGAGUUGUAUUGAGAUUCUCGCACAAAAUAGACUGAAUUUUGAAAGAGAAAUGCAGAUGUUGAUAUUUUGGGCAAUUAAAGCCCUUAUCAGGUAUACCCCUUUAUCAAUUCAGCUUAACAAGUAAUGUAAAAGUGUUUAUUUACACGUGGAGAAAUUUACACUAAUUAUGCGGUCAUGUUAUAAGCAUGUAAAUUUCCCCCACAGUAUAGUUAUAAAUAAUUGAUAUGAUAUACAUUAUAUUCAGUUACCACUUAUUUUUCCCCCACAUGUACUUCACCCCCAGCGUAAAUAACAGUAGCACACACAGUCUGUGGCAAUUACUCAGAAUGAAAUUUACGUCCAACAUAAAUCUCUUUAAUGCAUGACUUCUAUAUAAAAUCUCAGGGUGGAACUAAUUCUCCAAAUUCUUUCCCAUACAAUCAAGGUGCAGCCUUUAAGAUUAAUGUAAAUAACACUUUGAUUGCUUGUAAUAAAAAAUCAAUACGACUGACUUGAAACAGUUUCCCCAUUAUCCAUAACGAUGCACUUCCUAUUAUUGAUACUUGUGAGAUGUCACAGGUAAAGUGUCAGAGCUAAUGGGUAACAUUAUCAUUUUGCUUUGAUAGAAGUUUCUCAUUUGAAAUUAAAGGCUUUGAACAAUGGACAUAUAUGUGUGUGUGUAUAUACAAUGGCUAAAAUGUUGACCUUUACAUGGGCUUCUGUUCAGUUCAACAGCACAUUUAGUAAAAAGUCAAAUAUCAUUUAGCAUGGAAAUGUACAAUUAUGUCGUUUUUCCAUUGUAUGGCUUUUGUUUAUAAAUCAUUGUAAUGGGUUUUUUUUUUUUUAUUUGUCCCUCCCGACGAUCAAAAGUGGAAGGCGAAAGGUUGUUUUUAGCUUCUUUAUGUUUUGGUGUACAACUUUAAUAAUGCUGGUCUUGACAUUUAAUCUAUAUGAAGGUCAAUUUCAAAUAUUGCUCAUGAAGGCAUAGUGUUUCAAGGUCAAGGUCAAAACUUGUCCGAGGAGACCUAAAGCUUCAGAAAUAUAUUUUUUUGGAACUUCAUACCAGCAGUAGUUGUUAACCAUCAGGUGGUUAGAGAAAUACAUCUAAGCGAUCGAAAAUACACAGUUUGUUAGAUAUUGUAUGAGAAAAUCGUGAGGUUUGAAUGUCAAGCAUUUUAUUUUUUGUUUUGAUUAUGUUGAUCUUCGUGUCUCGUUUAAAUAUUGGUUCCAAUGUAGCUUUCAUUAUAUAGAGCUGUUUGUAGUCUCAUCUUCCUGAUCAGCAUAUUGUCAACAGUGUAUAUCAGCAAUCAUCAUCAUUACGAAAAAUCCAUACUAAGUACGAUGUCAUCCGUGGUAAUUUGUACACAACAAUGAAAUAUGUUUAUUGUCAUUUGAUACAUUGUUUAGUGUUCAUAUCAAUUAAUCAACUUUGGUAAUGUGAUCUUGUUAUUUAAUACACAAUAGAUUUAUUAUGUCAAGUCAAAGAUACAGAAUUUUUCAGCAAAAAAAAAGAAAAAGAAUAAAAUACUGAAAAUAUA